AUGUUGAAAAACAUAGUUGGAUUGGUGACGGGUGGUGCAUCAGGACUCGGGUUAGCUACCGUUCAGCGCAUUGUUAGAGAAGGUGGGCGUGCAGUAAUCUGCGACUUGCCAAAUUCUAAAGGAAAUGAUGAAGCCAAGAAGCUAGGAAAUCAAGCUGUAUUUGUGCCCGUAGAUGUCACUUCAGAGGAUGAAGUUAAAACUGCUUUGCAAGUUACAAAAGAUACGUUUGGAUACUUGAAUGUUGCUGUUAAUUGUGCCGGUAUUGGAGUGGCCUUCAAAACAUACAAUUUUAAUAAAGAAUUACCUCAUAAAUUGGAAGAUUUCAGUCGUGUUCUUAUGAUAAAUACAGUAGGCACAUUUAAUGUUACACGUUUAGCAGUAGGUUUAAUCGGUAAGAAUGAGCCAAACAAAGAUGGUGAACGAGGAGUUGUGGUAAACACAGCUAGUGUUGCUGCAUUUGAUGGACAAAUGGGACAGGCAGCUUAUGCUGCAAGUAAAGGAGCCAUUGUUUCUAUGACUUUACCUCUUGCCCGAGAUCUGGCAUCUCAAGGAAUUCGUGUCUGUACAAUUGCUCCUGGACUGUUUGACACUCCGUUGCUUCAAGCUCUCCCAGAUAAGGUGCGAAGUUUUCUUGCAAGGACUAUUCCAUUUCCACCAAGACUAGGAGAUCCAGAUGAGUAUGCUCUUCUGGUUCAGUCAAUCAUUGUAAAUCCUCUAUUAAAUGGAGAAGUAAUUCGUUUGGAUGGUGCCUUGAGAAUGCAAGCUUAG